AUGAUGGACAAUCAGCCGCCCCUCACAUCACCGGAUGGAUGUGAUGUUGGGAAUUCCUCGAAGGGUCCUCAGAUUUCGUCUCUGGAUUAUCCCGGAGAAGAUGACGGAACCCCCUCACAUUCUCGGGGGGAAAGACCUUAUUUGUGCUCGGAGUGCGGUCAGACUUUUAAACAGAAGCAUCAUCUGAUAAGACACGCCAGAGCUCACAUCGGUGAAAACUUUCCAUGUGAAGAGUGCGGGAAAUGUUUUUUACGGAAGGAGAAGCUCGCAGAACACCUGAAAACCCACACGGGUGAAAUGUCGCAUACGUGUACAGAGUGCGGGAAAGGUUUUAUACGGAAAGAGGGACUCCUCCUACACAUGAGAAUCCACACAGGCGAGAAGCCGUAUUCCUGUCCAGAGUGCGGGAAAUGUUUCUGCAGGAAAUACAGUCUUACCCUACAUCAGAAAAAGCACACGGACGAGAGCUCCAUGUCGUGUUCAGAGUGCGGGAAAUGUUUUCAUGCGAGAUCCGAUUUGAAUGUACAUCAGAGGUUACAUGUCGGUAAAGAGGUCUUUCCGUGCUCGGAGUGUGGGAAACUGUAUAUGAGUAAAUCUCAGCUUACCAUUCACCAGAGAAGUCACACCGGUGAGAAGCCGUUUCCUUGUUCCCACUGCCAGAAAUCCUUCAUGGUGAGGUCGGAACUUGUGGUUCACCAGAGGACUCACACCGGAGAGAAACCCUUUUCAUGCACCGAGUGCGGAAGGUGUUUCUCACAAAAAGACAACUUGAAUGCCCACAUGAUUCUGCACACUGGGGAGAAGCCAUUCUCCUGUACGGAGUGCGGGAAAUCCUUCAGUCGGAAAAGCGACCUUGUUACACACCUGAGCACUCACACAGGCGUACACCGUUUUUCCUGUUCAGAGUGCGGGAAAGGUUUCAUGCAUAAAGGAAAACUCAAUAGGCACCAGAGAACUCACACGGGUGAGAAGCCUUACGCCUGUUCGGAGUGCGGAAAAUGUUUCCUGCAGAACAGCCAUCUUCUUGAACACCUAAGGAGCCACACAGGGGAGCGGCCUUUUUCAUGUUCGGUGUGUGAAAAAUGUUUCCCGCGGAGAAUCGAUCUUGAUAUACACAAGAAUAGCCACGACGGGGAGCGUUCUUUUUCAUGCUCAGAGUGCGGGAAGUGUUACACGAAUGAAGGACACUACCGCAGGCACCAGAAGAGCCAUACUGGCGAGCCGUCUUCUCUUUCCUGUGGAGAGUGCGGGAAAUGUUUCACUAAUAAGCGUAAUCUUGCUGUACACCAGAGAAGUCACAAGAGUAAGUGACCUCCCCUGUCCUCUAAAUGAGACCUUCUUCUACACCUGAGAAGCCACAUCGGGGGAGCAUGCUUUUCCCUUCUUUUUUUUUUUUUCGAUUAAUCUCUUUUUUUAUUUUAAAACAAAAUGAUACAAUACAAUACAUAAUACAUAAUACAAAAGGCAUAGUACAGCCCGACCAUCGCCAUCCUACUUAUUAUUAUACGUCCCCUAUUAGGCAUAUAUCUCUUUUGUUCGUAUCUUUCCCUCCCCCCCGGAUUCCAGGGAGGGGCAUCCAGGAAAAACAAGAACAACAAAAAAACACAAACAGAGGAGGAUAAAGGAAGA